AUGGAUGGUGGCUAUCGUUAUUUAGGAAGAGUGGAGAUUCUUUACCAGGGUUCCUGGGCCACAAUCUGUGAUGCAAAGUGGAAUAUGAGUGAUGCUGAUGUGGUUUUCAUGCAGCUUGGCUGCGGAACAGCCAUAUUCUAUACUUACGGUAUUUUCUUUGGUUCUGGACCACUAUGCAUUUUGCUGAAAGAACCAGGCUGUAUGGGAGACGAGACCCAUUUGUGGCAUUGCCCUUCCUGGAGCUGCGGUCAACAAAACUGCAGUGGUGUACCAGAUGUAGGAGUCAUCUGCUCAGGAUUUGUGUGUCUGGGUGGAAGACAAGGACUUUGCUCAGGAUGAGUGGAAGUGCACUCUGGAAGAGGCUGGCUUCCAGUGUCUGAUGUGAACUUCACGUUCCCCACUGCCCAGGUCAUCUGUGCACAGCUGAGGUGUGACAAGGCUCUAUCUGUUCUGGGGAAUGUGUCCAGAAAUGCCAGUGAACAGAUGUGGGCUGAGGAGUUCCAGUGUGAGGGGCAGAAACUUGAGCUCUGGUUGUGUCCCAGAGGGCCCUGUCCUGGAGGCAGCUGCCAGCAUGGCGAGGUUGUUGAGGUUGUCUGUGAAGAGAUCACACAGAUCCGCCUGGUGGAUGGGCGCCAUCGCUGUGAAGGAAGAUUGGAGAUUCUUCACCUGGGUGUCUGGGGCACCAUAUCUGAAGAAGGAUGGAACAAGAAGGCUGGUCAAGUGGUGUGCAGACAGCUAGGCUGUGGAGAAGUACUAGAUGUUACACUGGGUUCUCACUUUGGGCCUGGAACAGGGUGCAACGUGAUGAGGAUGGUGACCUGUACAGGAGAGGAGACCCAUAUGAACAAAUGUUAUUCCUUUGGCUGGGUAAAGUCCUUUCGCAAUUACCAGGAAAAUGCAGGAGUCAUCUAUUCAGGGAUCCCACAGCUUCAUCUGGCAGAGGGGGCCCAUCGCUGUGUAGGAAGAGUGGAGAUUCUUCACCAAGGCUCAUGGGCCACCAUCUGCGAUGACAGCUGGAGCACGAGUGAAACCCACGUGGUGUGCAGACAGAUUGGCUGUGGAGUAGCUACCUCUGCCACACUCAAUGAUUACUUUGGGUCGAGACCAGACUCUAUCCAUCUGAAUGCCCCAGGCUGCACAGGAGAUGAGACCCAUUUGUGGCAUUGCCCCUCCUGGAGCUGGGAUCAGCACAGCUGUACGCGAUGGCCAGCUGUAGGAGUCAUCUGCUCAGGAUUUGUGCGUCUGGGUGGAAGUUUUGGACUCUGCUCUGGAAGAGUGGAAGUGAACUCUGGAAGAGGCUGGAUUCUGGUGUCUGAUGUGAACUUCACAUUCCCCACUUCCCAGGUCAUCUGUGCAGAGCUGGGGUGUGGCAAGGCUUUGUCUGUUCUUGGAAACUUGUCCAGAAAUGCCAGUGAACAGGUGUGGAGUGAAGAGUUCCAGUGUGAGGGCCAGGAGCCUGAGGUCUGGUUGUGCCCUAGAGUGCCCUGUCCUGGAAGCAGCUGCCACCAUGGUGGAGGUGUUGAAGUUAUCUGUGCAGGGUCUCUGUGGACUUACCCACAGGCUGGGUCAAGUGGCGCCCCAACUUGGGACUCAAGAACAGGGCACUUAGUGAGGGACGCUGUCCAUGGGCCCAAAGUAGAAAAAGAAAAAGAAAAUAGAGGACCGACGUGGGAGCCUGCCUUGCCUUUGAACCUCAGAAUCUCCAUAAUGUUCCACAAGCGUUAUACUAAUUGUGACUGGCUGGUUCUUCUGACUGGUGCUGUUUAUGGAUAUCCAAAUUUGGCCAUUGGGUUCACUAGGGCAGGGCUGGCUGCUGCUUUUCCCAGCCCACGCUGGCUACCUACAGGAAGCUCCCUGAUGGCAGCCAGUAUGGGCAGUCCUCAAAUACGCCUGAUGAAUGGAAACAAUCGCUGUGAAGGGAGAGUGGAGAUCCUGCAGCAGAGAUCCUGGGGGACCAUCUGCCAUUUCCUCUGGGACCUAAAAGAUGCCCAUGUGGUAUGCAGAGAGCUGAGCUGUGGAGUGGCUGUUGAAGCCAAGAACUCUGCUUUCUUUGGUGAGGGAUCAGGCCCUAUCUGGCGAAGUGGCCUCCAAUGCACAGGAGAUGAGUCCCAGCUGAUGAAGUGCGGACACUUUGCCGAUAUAGUACAGUAUUGUGGCCAUCGGCAUGAUGCAGGAGUCAUCUGUUCAGGAUUUGUGCGACUUGCUGGAGGAUUUGGACAAUGCUCAGGACGAGUAGAAGUGAAUCCUGGAGGAAAGUGGACUCCAGUGUCUGGUGUGAAUUUCAUAUUUCCCACUGCCCAGGUCAUCUGUGCAGAGCUGGGGUGUGGCAAGCCUGUGUCUGUCUUGGGGAAUGUGUCUAAGAAGGCCAAUAUCCAGCUGUGGGGUGAAGAGUUCCAGUGUGAGGGGCACGAAACUAACCUCUGGUUCUGCUCCAGAGCACCUUGUCCUGGAGGCAGUUGCCAAUAUGGAGUAACUGUGGAAGUGGUCUGUUCAGAGUACACUGAAGUUCGGCUGACGAAAAAUAGAACCUCUCACUGUGAAGGUCAGGUGGAGAUGAACAGUUCUGAAGGCUGGAAAGCGCUCUGUGCUUCCCACUGGAGUAUGGCCAAUGCCAAAGUCGUGUGCCGCCAGCUGGGCUGUGGAAAUGCCAUCGCUGUCCCAAAAGGAGGAGCAUAUUUUGUGGAAGGAGGGAAUGAGAUUUGGAAAGACAGAUUCCACUGCUCAGGGGAUGAGUCCUUCUUGUGGAGGUGCCCUGUGACUACGCUGGGUGUUCCUGCCUGUGCCCAUGGGAACACAGCUUCAGUGGUCUGCUCAGGAAACCAAACGCAGCUGCUUCCACAAGGAAAUGACUUCCUCUCUGACCCAGGCUCCACAGUUUCAAAGGAUCUAGCUUCCAGCUUCUCAGACAAUGGACAGCUGCGCCUGGUGGAUGGUGGUGGUCGCUGUGCAGGCAGGGUGGAGGUCCAACAUGAUGGCUCCUGGGGCACCGUCUGUGAUGACAGUUGGGACCUGAGAGAUGCCCAUGUGGUGUGCAGACAGCUCGGCUGUGGAGUGGCCCUCAACGCCACUGUCUCUGCUCACUUUGGGCAGGGAUCAGGGCCCAUCUGGUUAGAUGAAUUGAACUGCACAGGAGAUGAAUCCCACUUGUGGAACUGCCCUUCCCAGGGCUGGGGACAGCAUGACUGCAGGCACAAGGAAGAUGUGGGAGUCAUCUGCUCAGAGUUCCUGGCCCUCCGGUUGAUAAGCAAGGACCAAGAGUGCGCUGGGUGGUUAGAAGUUUUCUACAAUGGGACCUGGGGUAGCAUCUGCCGCAGUCCCAUGGAAGCCACCACGUUAUCUAUAAUCUGCUCACAACUUGGCUGUGGGGACAGUGGGACUCUCAACUAUUUUAUUUCUCCCAGGGAAGGCUCCAGACUUCAAUGGGUGGAUGGGAUCAAGUGUAGAAAGACAGAUACUUCUCUCUGGCAGUGUCCUUCUAAUGCUUGGAAACACAGGUCUUGUCUUCCAAGAGAUGAAGCUUAUAUCACAUGUGCAGAGCAAAGAUUCAAGAGCUGUCCAACUACUGCGCCUUGCACAGAAAAACAGAAGCUGCGGCUCGUGGGAGGAAACAGCGAGUGCUCAGGGCGCGUCGAGGUGUGGCACGAAGGCUCCUGGGGCACUGUGUGUGAUGAUUCCUGGGACUUGGCAGAGGCUGAGGUGGUGUGUCAGCAGCUGGGCUGUGGCCCUGCCCUGGAAGCACUGGGAAAGGCUGCAUUCGGCCCUGGAAAUGGAAGCAUCUGGCUGGAUGAGGUGCAAUGCAGGGGCAGGGAGUCCUCCCUGUGGGCCUGUGCCAGGGCUCCAUGGGGACAGAGUGACUGCAAGCAUGAGGAGGACGCGGGUGUGAAGUGCUUAGGUGAGUAACAGGGCAGGGCAAGGCCAAGGGCUGGGGCUGCAAGACUUUCAGUCUCAGCUCCUGGUGUCUUCUCCUUACCUGUGAUCAUCUGCAUCAUCCUGGGAGCCCUCCUCUUCUUGGUCCUCGUCAUCCUGGGGACUCAGCUGCACAGAUGGAGAGCUGAACUCCAAGCCUUACCCACUUUUGAAGACCCUCUGGAUGAGGCCUUAUAUGAGGAGAUAAAUUACAUCAUAAAACCACAAAAGGAAGUCCUAUUUGACAACCCAGAAAAUCUUUCAGAUGACUCAGGGAGCAAGCUGCCCUAUUACACAGACAACAAUGAGGAGAAUGGAAAAUCUGCCCCAGAACCUCUAGCACAGCAUGUUGAUGUCGCAGGAAAUGGCUAUGAUGAUGUUGAGGAGUUACCUGCUCCUAAAGUUCCUUCUUCCCCUGAGAUGAGCGAGAUGCACUUUCCCUCAGAAGAUAGAGAUGGUACCAGGAAUUCUCAAUCAGAAAUAAGGUCUCUCCUUACUGUUGCAAGCAUCCCCCCUCAGGCCCUAAAAGAAGCUGCCAAUUACAGAAUAGAAGAGAAGGAAUUUUCCCUGUUCCUGAGGCAAGAAGACCCUGGGUAUGAUGAUGUUGAACUCAAUGCAAUGUAGAACCAUA